AUGCAUAAUGUUAUGAAUAUUCAAGUACAAGUUCUUAUGUGGACGUCUAUUUUCAUUUCUGUUGGGUCUACACUUUGGACUGGAAUUGCUAGGUCAUUUGACAACGCCACAUCACAAGCUUUGGUUUUAUUUGGUGCCCCUAAGGAAGCUGUUGAGAUUAUUCAUGAAAAUAAAAUGACAAAUACUGAAGGGGUGAAUGAAGGCAUUUACUUUAGCCACCCAUGCCGACGUAAAAGCUGUGCUUUAGUAAACAUCCCAGCACCAUGUGUCAACAAAAUGAUUUCACACAUUGAAGAUGUAGAGUCUAAAAUACAGGAGCAUCUGAAACAGUUUGAAACGUCUUUGGAAGAAUGGAGCAGAACUUCUUUCACAAAAGAGCUGAAAGAAGAUCUGAGUGUUGCUACACCAGUGAAACAGGUCAUACCAGAAGAAUUGAGAGAUGAAAAGUGUCCAGAAUUAAAGCAGGAAAUGGAAACAUUGCUAUCAGAGGCCAUCCAACUCAUUAAAAGUCUAGAAACUGAUCGUGCAGAAGCUGAAGAAGCUUUAAAACAACAAAAAUCAAGAAAGAAAAGGAUUAGCGUGCAAAUUGAUUCUUGGUCAGUUUGGAAACAUCAAGAAAUCCCGUUAGCUGUGCAGAAAGAACACGAGGCCUAUUUGAGAGAUAUUGUAGAACUACGAUGGCACCUUGAAGAUAAAACUCAUCGACUAAAACGUUUGGAGGAGGAAAAGGAGAAAUUAGAAGAAGCUAAUGCAAAGCUUCAAGCAGACAUAGACUACAUGAUUAAACAUCGCCCUCUACUGCUUGCAAAGCGAGACCAGGAACUUGUAGCUCUGAAGGAAUAUUAUCAGAAAAAAUUUGAGGUAAUGGAACUAUACAAACAAGUUCAUGGAGAAUGUGAAGAAGCUGUAGAAAAUCUUGAAAAAGUCAAAUUCAAAGCUAAACAAAAUAAAAUAGACAUGGAAAAGGAUAUUCGUGAUGAUGAAAUAAGCAUAGAAGCCUACAAGAAAGAGAUAGAUAAACUUAACAGUCUAUUUAAUUUCUACUGUACAUCAAUACAAGAUGUUAAUAUUAAUAUUGAGGAGAAUGAAGAGGCAGUGACUGAAGUAUUGAAGGAAACAAGGUCAUCAAGAAAUGAAUUAGCUGCUUUAUCAAAAACGCUAGAAGAUUUGAAAAGAAUUUAUGAUCAACUAGUCUGGAAGAAAAAAAUUUAUGAAAAUGAAUAUUUGGAAGCACAUAAUAAUUUUUAUGCCACAAAAAGAACAUGGGAUAUUGAGCUUUCUAAUAUCGCAAAAGAUUCUUCAGAUGUCUCAAUAGCAUAUUCUCAAUUGAUGGAAGAAAAUAGAAGACUUGAGAUCGAUAUUGAAACUAUACUAGGUUAUAUCAGUGACAGCAUAAGGAAAAAAUCAGAGCUCGAGUCUGAAAUCCAAUCUUUGUUGCACCUGAGGUCAAAAAAUGAAGAUGUUCUUAAACAACUAUACAAGGAAGCUUAUAACAUUGGUGCCAUUUUCCAGCUAACCAGAUUUAAAACAGAGGAAUUAGAACAGAAAAUAGCAGAAGUGAGAAGAAAAUUCAAGGGCAGAGAAGAAUUCUUGAAAAAACUCACUCGAGGUGAAGUGGCUCGUGGAAUGAUGAUUCAGAAAAGACUGCUUUCCCUUCAAGAAGAACAGGCACUUGAGAAGCAGGAUCUUAUGAGAAAGAAAGCAAUAUAUGCCUUAGCACUGGCAGAAAUGGAGAUACCACUGCUUAAACUAGAAGAAGAAGCUGUAAAAAUCAGAACUUGCCACAAAGAACAUACUGAUUUACUAGGUGAAAUAAUUGAGAGGAAAGAAUAUGUUAAAAGAAAUGUAGAGAAAACACAGAAAAAGUUGCGAAGAAAGGGGAAGAAGACCCAGCAUGCAUUAAUAAAAACUGAGGAUAAAUGCUCAAUAACUUUUAAAGAAAUAGAGACCACUAAAAGAAAAACAAUUAUUUAUCAUGCAAAAAUAAAUCAAUUGAACAAAGACUUAGAAGAAAAACAAAAAGAAAAGAAUGUUUUUGACCACACACUUGACUGUUUAAAGGACCAGUUUAUAACCAUGAGAGAGAAAAAGGAACAUGCACAAGCUGUGUUUGAUCAUCUCAUAAAUGAGAAAAAAGCCUGUGAAGAGAGAAUCUAUGAGGAAGAAAAGAGAUACAGAACACUCUUUACUAUGAGGCAAAGAAAUCUAUCAAAUAUUAAGAAAAUACAAGAUGAUUCACUAGAAGAAAAUCUACAUUUAGCUCAAGAGUAUCAGAAAUUACAGAAUGUAUUCUUAACAGUAAAGGACAACUAUUUCAACCAAUAUGAAAAACAGCUAUCACAUGAUGGUUCGAUUCGAGAUAAGAAACAGUUCUGUCAGCUGCAAAGAAGGAUACACAAGUUGUGGCAGAAGCACUUCGAGCUGGUGGUCCUCUACAGCCGGAUGAGGCUGGCCAAGUUCCAGAUAGACUCUCAAGAGAGUAUUCAAAAAAUAUUAGCUGUGCAGGAAGAAUCUUCAAAUUUAAUGCAACACAUCUUAGAUUUCUUCCAGACUUUGACAGAUGGCCGAUGUGAAAACGAUGGUUAAGCAAACAACCAAUGUAUCUUGGAUGCUAAGAUAAAAGACAAGAAAAGUCACACAGUUCAGAUAGCAGUGUAACUGGACAUUCACCUGUUUGCCAUUUCACACUUCCAUGGACGAAAAACUCACUCACCUCCCAGCAUGCUUUGCCACUCUUUUACUUACAGCAAAUCCAUAACAAUGAAACAGGUGACUUUCAUGCUGCUGUCAGGAACGAUCUAAUUUCAGCUCUGGGUGACUGAUUGCAAUUGGCUUUGCCUCAUCUGAUAAUUAAUCUAUGUCACCAUUAAUUGGAAGAGAG